GAAGAUGAGAGCAUUUACAGGGAUCUAAAGAAACCCAUAGGAGCAUUAAAUGAGGAGAGGAUCCAAAAAAUGAGGGAGAGAUAUCAAGAGAUGCCAGACCCUAAAUUCCUGUAUGGUUCUCACUACUCAACCCCUGGUUAUGUUCUCUUCUAUUUGGCAAGAAUAGCUCCUGAGUAUGUGCUGUGCUUGCAAAAUGGAAAAUUUGAUAAGCCUGACAGGAUGUUUAACAGUCUGGAUGACACCUGGGCUAAUUGUCUGGAAGGGGCAGCUGACUUUAAGGAAUUAAUUCCAGAGUUUUUUGAUGGGAAUGGAGAAUUUCUUCUCAAUAAAGGGGUCAGUAACUUUGGUAUAAGACAAGAUGGCCGACCUGUUGGUGAUGUAGAACUUCCACCGUGGGCUAAAGACCAUCAUGAUUUUAUUGACAAAAUGAGGGCAGCCCUGGAGAGUGAUUAUGCCUCAGAACACCUACAUAAUUGGAUAGAUCUUAUAUUUGGAUACAAACAGAUAGGAGAAGAGGCAGAAAAAGCUGAUAAUGUUUUUUACUACAUGACAUAUGAAGGAGCAGUGAAUUUAGACGAAAUUGAGGACCCAAAUGAAAGAGCCAGAAUAGAGAUCCAGAUUAUGGAAUUUGGUCAGACUCCCCAUCAAUUGUUUGAGAAGCCACACCCUCCUCGAUUCACAAAGGAUAGCAUCAGGCAUCACAGUUCCACUACAGCAUCCAGUAGUUCACAGGAGAAUGAAGAUUUAUCAGUGAAGGAGGAUGAAUCUAUUCAAUCUGCCGAGUCCAGUAUAGUCAGUUCUGUACAGAGUUGUCUUUCUUUUGAUGAUAUAUCAGCACUUCAAAUUACUCAUCAAUAUUCACUACAUAAAAGUUGCGUCACUGCUAUGCAGUUGACUGAGGAUGGAUGCAAUAUAUUUUCAGUUUCACAAGAUACAACACUGAAAAGGUAUUCACUGGAAGACCAGAGGCAGCUCAGUUUUAAUGUGUCAAAAAUGGCAUUAUCUUCUUGUAUAGUGAUGCCUGAUAAUAGAACAAUUGUUGUUGGAUCUUGGGAUAAUUAUGUAUAUUUCUACAGUGUAGAAUUUGGACGUACUUUUGACACUUUAAAAGCACAUGAUGAUGCAGUUUCUUCUGUUGUCUGGAAGAAUAACAAUCUUAUAACAGCAUCCUGGGACUCAACUGCAAAGGUAUGGGAGUUCAAUCCACCAAAGGAACCACACGAUUUUAAGGCAGCUGUUUUUCGAGGACAACUGGAUCUUGAUUCUGGAGUUUCUUGCCAAGACAUUGAUGAAACCGGUUCUCUUCUGGUGACUGGAACUGAAGAAGGACAUGUGGUAAUUUGGGACAUCAAAUCUCUCUGUCCUAUUGCAGAAAUGGAAGAAGUUCAUAGUGGCACAGUCAAUUCACUCGCAUUUACUUCUGAUAGUAGAAGACUGAUUUCAUGUGGAGCAGACUCAGUGCUGAAAAUCCUAGAUGUGGAGACACAGACAGAAGUAUUUGUCAAGAAUUUAGGACAUCAGAUUCUUUGUUUGGCCUGUUUGGAAAGUCUGAUACUAUGUGGGACAGAGAAUGGAGAACUAGAAAUUUGGGACAUUGAGAAAGCCAGUGUAUUGUCAGCAAUUAAAGGGCAUAAUGAGCCAGUGACCUGUAUUGAGGUGGGAAGGAGGUGUGUGCUAACGGGGGACAAAGGGGGAAGCAUCAGUGUGUGGAAACCUGGCUGACCCAAAGAAUGUUAAUAUGUUACAAGAACGUCAUGUGCAUAAAAUAUAGAACAAUUCUUUCAGUAACACUGAAUGUAACAUAUUUAUUUAAUUUAGUACAUUAGUUUUCAAGUAUUACAUUAUAUGUGUUGCAACCAAAAGACAUUACGGAAGGAUGGACAAAACCUUAGAAUAGAUCAAGUAAUGCAUGUAAUUGUGAAAUAUUAUCAGUACAGUACUAAUUUGUAAAGUUAUUAAAAAAACAUUCCACCAGGAAUAAAUAUUAAAUAAGUUUUAAAAGAAACACAAUAUGGAUAAGUUUUCAUAUUUUCCAUUGUAAUGUGUUGAGGAAGUAUUGUAUACCUUAACUGUACAUGUCUAUAUAUGAACAUUGAUCAUUUUAAAUUAUUUUCAAAUUGUUAUAGAAAUAUUUUACGUUUUGUUAUCUGUUAAAGUGAUACAUGUACCUUUGAUUGUUGAAUCUAGUCUGAGAUUAAAAAUACUGUUAGCCUUCAGUAGUUAAUCCAUAAGAUAUGCUCUUCAUCUGUUAUUCAUAAAGUGUACAUUUUCUACAAGAUGACAGU